ACCAGAAGCACUCAACGAGAGGCCAGAGAAGCCCAGAGAACAAUUCAGAGACGCAGAUUGCUCAGCAGGGUGGCAAGCAGUGCUUUUCCACCGAGAUGUUUCCCCCAAAUGCAAGGACCAGGCAGCUAAACGGCACUUGUGACUGCUCAGUGGACAUGGAGCUCUUCCUCCAUUACUCCCUCAUCCCAUCAUUUUUCAUCAUUUUGGUCUUGUCCUUUCUCCAAAGAAGAGAGCAACACAGAGAGAGAGAUGACACUUACCUUCUGCGGAACCGCUUCGGAAUGAUCAUACCUCUGGACUUCGUGGGCACUUUCAGUAAUCGAUGGUCCUAUGGAGUUGCCUUUGGGGCCACAGCCAAUAAGGUCAUGUUCUUGUUCUCAGAAGGUUACCAGCCCCUGAUGGUCCCGCAGUGGGCCCAAGCCUUUGUGCUUCUGAUCGGUGGCAUCGAAGUUGGCCUGUCCCACUUCCCCUUUUUCGCCUGCCUCUCAUCGGAGUUCAGGCUGGUCAGCUCCGUCCUGGGCUUCAGCUACUCUCUUGUCUGGUUUGUGGUCACCACCCUUUACAUCAUACAGUGUCCCCAUGGGCAGUUCGUGGGGAAUUACGAGACUGUCAUGUUCUACUGGCCCUCGUUGCUCUGCCUAGCCUUCCUGCUGGGCCGCUUCCUGCACAUAUUUGUCAAAUCUCUGAGGGUCCACCUGGGCUGGGAGCUCCAGAUGGAAGAAAAACCUUUCCUGGAAGUUCACCAGGCAGAGCACGUCAAGCAGCUCCUGAGGAAGUGCCCCCUUCAAGAAAGAAAUAAGUCUUGGUUCCAAACCAGGAUAUAUGAGUGGGACCCCUACUUUCAGUUCCCAAGCAGGAUGAUUGGAACAAUUGUGUUGGCUUUCAUCUGCCUGUACCUUUUCAUUGUUAUUGAGUUCUGCGUGUUCGUGUAUGUGAGAGAUGAGCUGGAUGUGUUUGAAGGGGAAUUGGAGAGCUACAUCACCUCCAUGAACCAGACAGGGACCCAAGUCCUCCUGCAGGUGAAAGAGCUGAUUAACAUCACCAAAGAAGUCUGGGUGGUGACCAUUUUGCCUGCCUCCCUCACAUGUGUGAGCUACCUGUUCCACAUCUUGGCUUGUUACAGAAAGCACAUCAAGAGGUUGUGGGCAGGGGAUAAACACUUUCUUCCUCUGAAGUUUCAUAAUCCUUCCUCAUCUGAGAGUGUGGUGGCCAUUGCAAGGUACUCUGGCUGGCAGAUAGCCUAUAUUCUGUGGGGCUACCUCAUCAUUCAUGUGAUGCAGAGCCUGUGUGGCCUGGCGAUCAUGUACAGCCUGGUGCUUCCCAUCAUCCACCAUCAGGCACUGGAGAUGCUCCGAGGACUAGGCAUCGGGAUCCUCACCGUAUCCAUCGUCCUGGGUCUCAUGGUCCUGCAGGUAUGGAUCGCCACCAGCUUCUUCCUGCAACCAAAGAUGGGGACAGAUGACAAGCAGAAGCCCCUGGCUCUCAACAACAGAAGAGCGUUCCACAACUUCAACUACUUUCUGUUCUUCUACAACGUGCUGCUGGGCCUGGGCGCCUGCCUCUCCAGGCUUUUCAUCAGCUGUGUCCUGGGCACGUGGCUGAUCGCCCGCAUCGACAGGACCAUCCUGCAGAGUGGCUAUGAGAGAGCAGACAUGGGGUUCAGUGCAUGGAUUGGCAUGCUCUAUGUAGAUCAUUAUCACACCAACCCCGUGCUCGUCAGCUUUUGUCAUAUCCUGAUCACCGGCCACAGGGAGAGGAGGCUACAGCAGACCAUCAAAUAUUGGUACCUAAAUCAGUCAGCAGGUCCCCGCCUCUCAGCAAGGUCCAGGACAAGGUGGCUCCUGCUGCAGACCCUGAUCAACAACCCCGAACUGGUCAGACUCAGAAAAUCCAGGCCAGGUCUUGGCUCCCAGGAGUUUACCCAGAUUCUGUUGACGUGCUCGGAGAGCUGACACUGACUUCCCACACUGCUGCAAGGUUGUUCCAGGACGACUGCCCCUGAGAAGGCCCAGGCUACUCAGCAGCUGUUCCCUGCAAUGGAAUAGGCUGCACGGCCACUGUCCACUGCAGACUGGCCAUUCUUGGGGUGGCACUUGGGCUGGACAGUGAUGUCUCAGGUCUAAUUCGCUCCCUUGGGAAAAAGAUCAAGAACAAAGGAGAGUUUCUGUUGAACAAACUUUGCCCAAUAAUGAUGUCCACUAUCCCUGGUUAGAAGGCAGCCUUGGGGAGUUCUAUGUUGAGACACACUGGGGAGAACUUCAUGUCACUGACAAAGGUGGUAUAAAAGUCUAUAUCAGGAGAGUUUAA